CCAUGAUGAACCAAGAAGAAACCCGCAGCUUAAUUGCAAGCCAAAUUCAGCAUACCAUGGACCAGUUCUUCCAAACCACGACCCCGACACGAUUUCGACUAGUUGGUGAUACACCUACGGCGAUCCUCGAUUCCGAGGACUAUCUAACGUCAAUAAAGCCCUUCGUCACAAAGGUCCAACAGUCUGUGAAAUUUUGUCGUCCGAAUGCAAGGACUCGCUUCUUAGCAUUGAGAAUAGUCAGCCGUCAUUCUUACUUCGUUGUAGACGUCAACAAUGUCGAUUAUGAUUAUGAGACUGCUCAUGAAGUAACCACUUCAAUCCCUGUCUACGUCAUUCGGCUGUCUAGACGUGUCAAGAUUACUAGAAACCCUACGGAAGACAAGAACCUGGCUUGGAUUCUGGCUACAAUGCAUCGGGGGCACGGCAAUGAUCCGCUACCUCUAGUCGAUGAUUACACUAGGCCUGUCGUAAUUACGGUGUGGAGUCAGCAGCGCCGCGGGCUGGAUUCUGUUGGAACUGCAUCACAACCCCAACAAAUCGGUGUUGAACUAGGAGCGGAAGGUGGUCGCCGGCAGUUCAGGCUUCUUAGCAAGUAA